CCUCCUCCAACAUGGCCGAGAAGGGGAGAAGUGGCGGACAGGAGUUCCUGCUGCUGCUCUACCCGGCCGUGGCUUUCCUUCAUCUGAUCGUAUGUCCGUACACCAAGGUGGAGGAGAGCUUUAACCUGCAGGCCGCCCACGACCUCUUGUAUCAUAAGCUGGACUUGAACAAGUAUGAUCACCACGAGUUCCCCGGAGUGGUACCCAGGACAUUUCUGGGACCGAUCUUUCUGACUCUUCUGUCUGGCCCUGCUGUGUUUGUGGCCUCUCUGUUUGACCUGUCCAGGUUUUAUUCUCAGCUGAUAGUUCGAGGAUCUUUGGGUCUAACUGUCAUUUUCGCACUAUGGCAGUUACAGAAAGAGAUCCGGAGACAGUUUGGAUCCACCGUCUCUACAUUGUUCUGCCUAAUAACAACAUCUCAAUUUCAUUUGAUGUUCUACUGUACUCGAACCCUCCCUAACACGUUUGCUCUUCCUGUUGUCUUGCUGGCUAUUAAAUACUGGAUGAAGCAGAAGGCUGGUCCAUUUAUUUGGCUUUCGGCGUUGGCCAUUAUUGUGUUCAGAUCUGAGCUGUGUAUAUUAAUGGGACUCAUGCUGCUAAUAUCUCUAAUGAAAAGAAGCAUUUCCAUGUUUACAGCCCUUUCCCAUGCAGUUCCAGCUGGAAUUGUCUGCUUAAGUUUAACAACUGCUGUAGAUUCUGUCCUCUGGAAACGUAUUCUAUGGCCGGAGGGAGAAGUUUUGUGGUAUAACACAAUUUUGAAUAAAAGUUCAAAUUGGGGAACUUCACCGUUCCUGUGGUAUUUUUAUUCAGUCAUACCACGAGCGUUGGCAUUAAGCGUCUUCUUCCUGCCGUUUGGCCUUUUUGACAGGAGACUGCGUCUCCUGAUUGCACCAAUUGUGGGUUUCAUAUUUUUAUACUCUUUCCUUCCUCACAAAGAACUACGGUUUAUCAUUUACACAUUUCCUGUUUUAAACAUUGUGGCUUCUAAAGGAUGUUCAUAUAUAUUCCAGAACUACCGUAAAUCUUGGCUAUUUAAAUUUGGAUCUUUAUGUGUAAUAGCCCAUCUUCUGGGUAAUGCAGCCUACUCUGCAGGAUCUUUAUAUGUGUCCCAUUUCAAUUAUCCUGGAGGUGUUGCAAUGGACGUGUUGCAUAAAAUGGUUAAUCCUUCAGCAGAUGUAUCUGUACAUAUAAAUGUGACUGCUGCCCAAACUGGAGUGUCGCGAUUCUUACAAUUUCACUCACAUUGGAGGUAUGACAAAAGAGAAGAUGUUACACCUACAGAAGCUAUGAAACUCUACUCGCACAUCAUAAUGGAAUUUGAUCCUUCUUAUGUGUCUCAGUAUAAAAAUAACUACAAAGUAUUAAGCCAUAUAUCAGGCUUUGAUGGAUUUGGGUUUAAUUUUGAUACAUUUCCACCCAUUUACCUCAAAUUGUUAACAAAAUUAACUAUUUUGGAGAGGUCCCCGACUGUAUAAUGUAUUUUUUAAUCAUUACAAUUUGCA